AUGGCCAAGGAAUAUGAGAUGAUUGUUUUGGGAUUAAUGAGAUAUUUUCUUGGGAUUAAAGUGAAGCAAAGAAAAGUUGAAAUUUUUAUGUCUCAAGAGAUGUAUAUUGAUGAUUUGUUAAAAAGGUUUCAUAUGUCAACAUGUAAACCCCUAUCUACUCCUAUGGCUGUCAAUGAAAAUUUGUCAAAGGAGAAUGGAGUAGAAUUGGUAGAUGCAUCAAUCUACAGAAGCCUUGUUGGUUCCUUGAUUUUAUCUUACCAAACAACGAAUAGUGUUCUUGCUGUGAGCAUUGUUUCAAGAUACAUGAACAAUCCAAGUAAAGUUCAUUCUGGAGUGGCAAAGAGAAUACUUAGAUAUGUGAAAAGAACCAAGAAUUUUGGGUUGAAAUAUGAAAGUGAAAAUGACUGCAAGCAAGUUGGAUUUUCAUACAAUGAUUGA